AUGUCCGCCACAGACAUCCCGAGACCCAAGUGCUACGUGCAAACAUGGCUAACGGUGGAUUUCCUGGAAAAAUACCUGUAUAUCACUCAUGUUACCGUCCCUAUGCUUAACAUGAUCUUCUUGGGGGCGCAGAUGGCCUUUAAUAUCCUCAUCCUUAUCGCUAUCAUCAAGAACAACAGAAUCCGCACCCCGUCUACACUCCUCCUCGGAAACAUCUGCAUCAAGGACCUCGUGAUCGCCUCAAUCCUGCAGCCAAAUGGUAUCUUCCGCUCCAUUAACUUUCUCGUCCAAGACAAUCACUGCUACAAGUCCGCUGCAGAUGAUAUCCGCCCAUUCACCGUCUUUCUCUAUCGCUGCGUUUCCCUCGCAACUUGGGUGAUGGUGUCUAUUGACCGAUGGCUUGCGGUACGACGCGCUAGUAAAUACCGCGUGAUAUUCACCCGCAAGCGCGCGUACAUAGCGAUUGGGGUGGGCUGGAUUUACAGUGUUGUGUUAAGCUACCUCGCAACCUUUGUGAUGAACAAAGACCAGCGUUAUCUUCUGGUUUUGAUCCAAUUCGGCCUCACAUGUCUGAUCAUCAUCUACAUUCAGAUCAACGUCUAUCGUAGCAUCAAGGCGCAUGGCAGUAAUAUCGGUGCGCUGACCAGUGCACAGCAGACGCAGGCGGCCAUCGAGAAGCGAGUGUCCAUCACAGUGGCGUACUCCGUAAUCGCGUUGGCGAUAUCGUACCUGCCGAUGAUUAUUGAUGCCUUGCUCUUCUACUUUGGGACAAACCUGUCCCUGAUGACCUCGCCCUGGUGUGAGAUGCUGUUACUGGCAAAUGGAGCCAUCAACCCCUUUAUUUGGCUCAAGACAAGCGAGCAGAUCAGAAAGGCUGUGAUGGACGCAGCUUGCCUGCCAAGCCGGAUGUUCAGCAGCCGUGUCGCACCUGCCGCGUCUUCACAAGAGACCGAAAAUACCUAA